UUCCCCGCCGCGUCCCCGGCCCGAGGAGGAGAGGACUCCGCAGCAUGUCCCCCGCGCUCCACGACCUGACGCCAUCCGGAAUGAAGAAGACCCUGCAGGAUGAGAUUGACGCCAUCCUGCGGGAGAGGAUUAUGGUGCUUGACGGAGGGAUGGGGACCAUGAUCCAGCGGCACAAGCUGAGUGAAGACGACUUCCGAGGACAAGAAUUUAAAGAUCACGCCAGGCCCCUGAAAGGCAACAAUGACAUUUUAAGUAUAACUCAGCCCAAUGUCAUUUACCAAAUCCAUAAGGAUUACUUGCUGGCUGGGGCAGAUAUCAUUGAAACAAAUACUUUUAGCAGCACUGCUAUUGCCCAAGCGGACUAUGGCCUCGAACACUUGGCCUAUAGGAUGAACAAGUGCUCUGCGGGAGUGGCCAGAAAAGCAGCUGAGGAGAUCACUCUCCAGACAGGAAUUAAGAGAUAUGUGGCAGGAGCUCUGGGUCCAACUAACAAGACACUCUCUGUGUCCCCAUCUGUGGAAAGACCAGAUUACAGGAACAUCACAUUUGAUGAACUCGUUGAAGCAUACAAAGAGCAGGCCAAAGGGCUUCUGGAUGGUGGGGUUGAUAUCUUACUCAUUGAAACUAUUUUUGAUACCGCCAAUGCCAAGGCAGCCUUGUUUGCAGUCCACAGACUUUUUGAAGAGGAAUAUGCUCCCCGGCCUGUCCUUAUUUCAGGGACAAUUGUUGAUAAAAGUGGGCGGACUCUCUCUGGUCAGACCGGGGAGGCGUUUGUCAUCAGCGUGUCUCAUGCAGACCCACUCUGCAUUGGAUUAAAUUGUGCUCUGGGUGCAGCUGAAAUGAGACCUUUUAUUGAAACAAUUGGAAAAUGUACAACAGCCUAUGUCCUCUGUUAUCCCAACGCAGGUCUUCCCAAUACCUUCGGUGAAUAUGAUGAAACUCCGCACAUGAUGGCCAUGCACUUAAAGGAUUUUGCUAUGGACGGCUUGGUCAAUAUAGUUGGCGGGUGCUGUGGUACGACACCAGAUCAUAUCAGAGAAAUUGCUGAAGCUGUGAAAAACUAUAAGCCUAGAGUUCCACCUGCCACUGUUUUUGAAGGGCAUAUGCUACUGUCUGGUCUAGAGCCCUUCAGGAUCGGCCCGUACACCAACUUUGUUAACAUUGGAGAGCGCUGUAACGUUGCAGGAUCCAGGAAGUUUGCUAAACUCAUCAUGACAGGAAAUUAUGAAGAAGCUCUGAGCGUUGCCAAAAUGCAGGUGGAAAUGGGAGCGCAGGUGUUGGAUAUCAACAUGGAUGAUGGCAUGCUGGAUGGACCAAGUGCAAUGACCAAAUUCUGCAACUUCAUCGCUUCCGAGCCUGACAUUGCCAAGGUGCCCUUGUGCAUCGACUCUUCCAAUUUCGCUGUGAUUGAAGCUGGGUUAAAGUGCUGCCAGGGGAAGUGCAUUGUUAACAGCAUCAGCCUGAAGGAGGGAGAGGAUGACUUCUUGGAGAAGGCCAGAAAGAUUAAAAAGUUUGGAGCUGCUGUGGUGGUUAUGGCUUUUGAUGAAGAAGGACAGGCAACAGAAACAGACACCAAAAUCAGAGUGUGCACCCGGGCCUACCAUCUCCUUUUGAAAAAACUGGGCUUCAAUCCAAAUGACAUCAUCUUUGACCCUAAUAUCCUCACCAUUGGUACUGGGAUGGAAGAACACAACUUGUAUGCUGUUAAUUUUAUCAAUGCAACAAAAGUCAUUAAAGAAACGUUACCUGGAGCCAAAGUAAGUGGAGGUCUUUCCAACUUGUCCUUUUCAUUCCGAGGAAUGGAAGCCAUUCGAGAAGCAAUGCAUGGGGUUUUCCUUUACCAUGCAAUCAAGUUUGGUAUGGACAUGGGGAUAGUGAAUGCUGGAAGCCUUCCUGUGUAUGAUGACAUCCACAAGGAACUUCUCCAGCUCUGUGAGGACCUCAUCUGGAACAGAGACCCUGAGGCCACUGAGAAGCUCUUACACUACGCCCAGACUCAGGGCAAGGGAGGGAAGAAAGUCAUCCAGACCGAUGAGUGGAGGAAUGGCCCCAUCGAAGAACGCCUUGCAUACGCUCUUGUGAAGGGCAUUGAAAAAUACAUUAUUGAGGAUACUGAGGAAGCCAGAUUAAACCAGGAAAAAUAUCCCCGACCUCUGAAUAUCAUUGAAGGGCCACUGAUGAAUGGCAUGAAAAUUGUUGGUGAUCUUUUUGGAGCUGGAAAAAUGUUUCUACCUCAGGUUAUAAAGUCAGCUCGGGUCAUGAAGAAGGCCGUGGGUCACCUUAUUCCCUUCAUGGAAAAAGAGAGAGAAGAAACCAAAGUGCUUACUGGCACGAUAGAAGACAAGGACCCUUACCAAGGUACCAUUGUGCUGGCUACCGUUAAAGGCGACGUGCACGACAUUGGCAAGAACAUAGUUGGAGUAGUCCUUGGCUGCAAUAAUUUCAGAGUUAUUGACUUAGGAGUCAUGACUCCAUGUGACAAGAUACUGAAAGCUGCUCUCGACCACAAAGCAGAUAUAAUUGGCCUGUCAGGACUAAUCACUCCUUCCCUGGAUGAAAUGAUUUUCGUUGCUAAGGAAAUGGAGAGAUUAGCUAUAAAGAUUCCAUUGUUGAUUGGAGGAGCUACCACUUCGAGAACCCACACAGCAGUUAAAAUAGCCCCAAGAUACAGCGCGCCUGUGAUCCACGUCCUGGACGCGUCUAAGAGCGUGGUGGUGUGUUCUCAACUGUUAGAUGAGAAUCUAAAAGAUGAGUACUUUGAGGAGAUCAUGGAAGAAUAUGAAGAUAUUAGACAAGACCAUUAUGAGUCUCUCAAGGAAAGAAGAUACUUAACCUUAAGGCAAGCUAGAGAAAGCGGUUUCCAUAUCGACUGGCUGUCAGAGCCUCCCCCAGUGAAGCCCACGUUCCUUGGGACUCGGGUCUUUGAAGACUACGACCUGCAGAAGCUGGUGGACUACAUUGACUGGAAGCCUUUCUUCGAUGUCUGGCAGCUCCGGGGCAAAUACCCGAACCGAGGCUUUCCCAAGAUAUUUGACGACAAAGCUGUAGGUGAAGAGGCCAAAAAAGUCUAUGAUGAUGCCCAAAAUAUGCUGCAGGCACUGAUUCGUCAGAAGCAGCUCCACGCCAGGGGCGUGGUUGGGUUCUGGCCAGCGCAGAGCAGCCAGGACGACAUCCACCUGUAUGCGGAGGGCGCGGCACCCCAGGCCGUGGAGCCCAUCGCCACCUUCUACGGACUCAGGCAGCAGGCCGAGAAGGACUCUGCCAGCGCGGACCCUUACCUCUGCCUCUCGGACUUCAUCGCCCCUCUGCACUCGGGCGUCCCCGACUACCUGGGUCUGUUCGCCGUCGCCUGCUUCGGGGUGGAGGAGCUGAGCAAGGCCUACGAGGAAGAGUGUGACGACUACAGCAGCAUCAUGGUCAAGGCGCUGGGCGACCGGCUGGCCGAGGCCUUUGCCGAGGAGCUGCACGCACGGGUCCGCAGGGAGCUGUGGGGCUACUGCGGCGACGAGCAGCUGGCCGUGGCCGACCUGCGGAGGCUGCGCUACGAGGGCAUCCGGCCAGCGCCCGGCUACCCCAGCCAGCCCGACCACACCGAGAAGCUGACCAUGUGGAGGCUGGCGGACGUGGAGCGGCACACAGGCAUUAGGUUAACGGAAUCGCUGGCCAUGGCACCUGCUUCAGCAGUAUCCGGCCUUUACUUCUCCAAUUUGAGGUCCAGAUAUUUUGCCGUGGGGAAAAUUUCCAAGGAUCAGAUUGAGGAUUAUGCUUUGAGGAAGAACAUGUCUGUGCCCGAGGUUGAGAAAUGGCUGGGACCCAUUCUGGGAUAUGAUACAGACUAACUUUUUUUUUUUUUUAAACCUUGUCUAUACUGGUUUCCUCAAGGAAACACAGUCAAAAGUGCCUUAAUAAUAACAGCGCAGCGGCCGCGAGCCCAUCUGCCUCUGGUUGACCUUUGUGCCGCUCCAGGUUGUGGACGUUUGGUGGGACCUUGUGGACGAACAGCGUGUUCCUACAGUUCUUGGAAAACAAGCGGCUGUUUUCCAGGGGACUUUGAAUGAAGAGCAGUGAGCAAGACUCCGGGGGUGUCCCCGGUCCCUCGGGGACUAGGACAAGCCGGAGGUGGAGGUCUUUUGCAAGUCAACUUGCUUUUUUCAUUUUUACCGCAGACCUAGGAGGCCAUUUCUUUCUUUUUUUUUCUUUCUUUCUUUCUUAUUUCUCAGAGAAAAGCCUGAAAGUCAGUUGAAUAGGGGGAUGUGACCCUGUGGCAGAGUGACGCUGUGAGCAACGGGGCAUUUUAAUCUGAGUGGUGAGAGCAGUUACUCCGACAGGGGAGAAGCUCUGCUCUCCCGAGACCUCUCUCUCCCGAGACCUCCUUUUCUGAAGCCUCGAUUAGACGCCUGCAGAAGUCCCUGCGGCCGGAGGCACGCUCUCCCCCUCCGGCUUAUCAGAGGUACUUAGGCUGCUGCCGGCCCUGGCAGGUCGGAUACAGUCACGUUCUCCAAGCAUUUUGUCCUCUCGUGAUCUCAUAUUCCCGCACCCUGAGGGGGGAGAAAGGAGGUGGGCAGAGAGAGUGGCCGCUGAGGGUGGUUAACAGCCUCGGGUUGUUUUGCAGAACUGAGCAGGCCGUCGGCUCAGCCGCGGGUCCCUGCAGCGUGGAUAGGUGAGCAGCACCACUCCACUCAGCGCUUCCUUUUCUGCGCUGCCCCAGCUCCAGGCUCGCACGAUGUGGGAACAGCGCGUGGACUUGUUUGUGGUCAUCGCGGGGAGAUGGUUUAGAACCAGGGCUUUGAAGUCAGACACACCCAGAUUCGCGUUUCGGGUUUGCCGCGUCCUUGCCGUGCGACUGAAGUAUCAGCACGAUUUUCUCAUCUGUGAAAUGGAGACAGCGAGACUAGCUCCUCUCUCACAGGCCUGAGGUGUGGGUUAAAGGAGACGAUGCACGUAGGCAGGGACAUGGGCUGCGGCACACAGUGAGAGCUUGAUAGACGGCAGCUUCUGUAAAGCUCUCUAGGGGGUCCCCGAGCUCAGCACAGGGUAGGUGCUCAUGGAAAGGGAAUAAGAGAUUAAUGGAGGUGAAAAGAUACUGGGGAAAUGCAUAUGGGAACGACCGCGUUGAAUAUACUAGGUACCGUUUCUGGGAUUAGAGCCCCAUUGAACACAGUGACUGGAGAGAGAAGCUACUAUCUAUGUCAUUGGCACCAUCAGCCCUCAUUUUCUGUGAGACAGUGCCCCCUCCCCUCGUGAUGUAAGCUGGCCUUGCCCCAAAGUAGUUAUAUCAAAUAUGCACUCAGGUACAUUCAGGUGAAAGAGGAAAAAAACCUUAGCAAACGAUAAUCCUGCAUAACUGUAGCAUAUACAUGUUUACCUGCAGAGUAACAUGCCUUCUUAGGCAUCACUUGCCCUUAAAGUGAAGAGAAUUAUAUGCUUUCUUUAGGUCCAUUUAAUCUGUGCUAGAUUGAGACUGGGACUCAUUUUCCCCGAGAUGCUCAGGUGGAGGACUUAUUUUCUCUUCCAUAGCAGGUAUGUUAUUCUAGGUGUUGGCACAUCCUUCUUUAAGAAAGAAUAACCCCCUCCAAAUAUUUUAAUGUAUUUUAUCCGAAUUACAGUUGCUAAGAGUCUCCCAGUUUCAUUAAGUAUGUACCAUAUCUUUUCUCAACUAGUUAUGUGACGGAAUGGCUUCCUUAAAUGUAUUGUUGAUCUAAUCCCAUGAUGGAUGCCUUUUAUCUAAAGAGAAAAACAAUUUGUGCACGUGCGAGUGCCUAUAUGUUCAUUAAAGAAUAUAGAAUAUAGCUUGAAAACCCCUACCUUAGUUUAUGUCAGGUGACCUCAAAGGCAGGAAGGUGACCAUUCUGCAGCCGGGGUCUUUUCUGUGUCUCUGCCGGUACGUCCAGAACCUCUCCUUGUCAUCGACGUCCGUGGCUCUCACAUCCACUCACUCACUCUCAUCAUUUCCAUUAGGGAUCCCAUAUUUAUUUUUUCCCUCUAAAGAAGCACUUUAGAGGGACCUUCCGCACUCUGCUGCCCACUCUGCUGUCUGUACCUUGGAGGCUGGUGUAUGGGAUGGUGGUUGAGGUCAGAUCCUACAGCGCCCUGUUUCUCAUCUGAGAUAUUCUGCCAUCAGCCUCCCUCUAUUCACAGCUGAGCUCAUUUAGAGAAGAGUCUGCCCUCUUUCCAUUUCUCUCAGGCUUGUCCUCGACAAAUAUCCGAGUGUCUACUCUGUGCCAACCACCUUCUCCUCCCAUUCUCUCUUUAACUCAGUGAAGUUAGUUUUUUUUGUUGUUGUUGUUUGUUUGUUUUACCCAUCUCUUCUGUCAUUAAUGACCUCUUAAUUGUUAGAUACCGUGGCCUUUCCAGUGAUCUUUCUUCUCUGGGUUUGGGCAAUACUGACCACUUCUCCAAAAAUCUCCUUUCCCUGGUUCCCCCUUGACUUCACUCUUCUGAUUUACCUUCCAUGUUUCUUGUAAUUUCUUAGCUACUUUCAUAGUUUUCUCUUCCUCUGCCCAUUUAAAGCCUGGUCCUCAUGAGCCUGUCACUAGUUACCUUCUUAGUCAUACAGUUUCAGUGGGCAAUCUAUCCAGACUCCUCUGUGCUGAAGCGCACAUAGCACACCAAAGACUCAAUGUGUCUCAAACCAAUAUCAUCUUACUCUUCUCGAAUUCUCAGUGUACUCAGCGAGAAACCUCAAACCCACCCCAUCUUUUUCUUGGACUCUUGCAGCUAUCUAAAAACCUUGCACAUGAAAGACACGCUUGUCCUCCUUUUAGUUGAGAAGGUAAAAGACAUGUUUGAGGCAGGCAGUGUUUAGGUUAAGUCUUGAUUGAGGAUUUGAAGGAUAAAGGUGAAGAAGUAAGGUAGAAACAAAUGAAGAACUACAGUAUCUUUGUUCAUGAAGGUUGUAAGGGUAUCAAACCUCCCAAAAAUCAUCUACAGAUUCAAUGCCAUUUCCAGCAGAAAUUCCAACAGAGGUUUUGUUGGACGUGACAGGCAGAUAUCUAAACGUCUGUGGAAUAGCAAAGGACUAAGACGGCUGGAUGCUUCUGACUAUAAUGAGGAGGUUGAGGGGACCUUUUACAAGACAGUAAGUUUUAUUACAGAGUUUGUGUUGUAUGUGGUGCAGAGGUAGGCGCUCUGAGCAGUGCAACGAGCUCAGGAGCCUGAGAAAUAGCCCAGGCGUAUGUGCUGCCCUUUGAGGUGUGAUGAGGUGGCAUGGCAGGUCAGUGGGGGCAGGAAGGGUGGCUCCAUAAGUAGUGCUAGAACAACGGUUAUCCUUGUGGAAAACCAUGAAAUGGAUUUCUGCCUCACACCUCACCGAGCAGUCAAUUCCAAAUGCAUUAAGGUCUUGAUGACGAAAAGCAAGUACUUAAAUGUUUGCAUGGAAAAAAACCUUAGGGCCGCUCUUGAGACAUAUGCUAAUCAUAAAAGAAAAGAUGAUUCAAUCAAAUAUAUUAAAACUAGCACUUAAGUUAAGCUAACAAACAAUUUAGUGUAGUGGAAAGACAAAGCAAGACUUGACAUUUACGAUACAGUUAACUGGCAAAGGAGUAGUAAGCAGAAUAUAUAGAGAAUUCCUAUUUUUUAAAAAAACAGAAAAAUAGCCUUCCUCUUCCAGGGACGGUAUCUAGAGGCAUUCAGGAUGGUCCAGCGUUUGACAUACCAUCGUAGGCUGUCCUACAAUAAGCCUCUAACAAAACCAGCCUGUCCCGAACCCCUGGUAAUAGAAUUAUUUACCUUUAUACCAAGAAGGUUAGGAAGGCACCAAAAUCCGCCUGUGGCAUGUGCUCAGGCUGACUUCUAGGAGUUCGCACUGUGAGACUUUAAGUUCUUGUGAGGUCGUCUAAAACAAAAAAACAUGUCAGCCGGGCCUAUGGUGGUUCCAUGUGUGUUAAAUGUGUCCGUGACAGGAUCGAACACACUUUCCUUAUUGAGGAGCAGAAAAUUGUUGUGAAAGUGUUGAAAGUACAAGCACAGAGUCAGAAAGCUUUAUUUAGCUUUUGUAUUUAAAAGUGAACCCUUUUUGAGUAAUAAGAAAAAAUCAGACAGCACAAAAAAAAAAAGAAAAGAAAAAUAGAAGAAACUUGAAAAGACAUUU